GGCCCACGCGCUUCCUCAUUCUCCACUGUCCCCUUCGCCGUCUCGCUCCCAAACCCCUCCUCUCCUCCGCCGUCUCCGGCCGUAACCUAGGGUUUCGUCCCCUCUGCAGUGCCGGCGCCGGGAGAACUAUGCAACCGGACCCUUUUCCUCCUCCUCCUCCUUCCCAUUCUGUGAGGGAGACGAUCGAUCUCAAUGAGAAGGAGGAGAAGAUAUUCCGACGGCUUCUCGAAGUGAUCCGCCACUUCGGUCUUGAUACUCAGCUCCGCGUUGCUGGUGGCUGGGUCCGCGAUAAGCUUUUGGGCAAAGAAUGCUAUGAUAUUGACAUUGCAUUGGAUAACAUGCUGGGACAAGAGUUUUGUGAAAAAAUCAACACUUACCUGCAGCAUACUGGCGAGGAGAUACAAGGAGUAGGUGUUAUCCAGCGAAAUCCGGAGCAGUCAAAACACUUGGAGACAGCAAGGAUGCGUGUAUAUGAUACCUGGAUAGAUUUUGUUAACUUGAGAUCUGAGAAGUAUGUGGAGAACAGCCGGAUCCCUACAAUGGAGUUUGGAACUGCUGAAGAAGAUGCAUACCGCAGGGAUCUAACAAUAAAUAGCCUUUUCUAUAAUAUCAACACAAAUUCAGUUGAAGAUUUGACUGGAAAAGGUAUUCAACAUUUAAAGGCUGGGCUUAUUGCCACUCCCUUACCACCAAAGGCUACCUUUUUGGAUGAUCCCCUCCGAGUCCUUCGAGCUAUUCGAUUUGGUGCUAGGUUUGGAUUCAAUUUAGAUGAAAAUUUGAAGAAGGCUGCUUCAGAUGAAGAAGUGAAAACAGCCAUUGCUGAUAAAAUCAGCAGAGAACGCAUCGGCCAUGAGAUUGAUCUCAUGAUUUCCGACAAUAAUCCGGUGAACGCAAUGACUUAUAUUUGUGAGUUGAAUCUCUUUUCUGCUGUAUUCACUUUACCAAAAAACACUCAGCCUACACCAACAGAAGAAUCUGAGAGGCUAUGUGUUCUUUAUAUGGAGGCUGCUUGGAAAAUCUUGCAAAUGAUGGGUUCUUUAUUACUCAGUGAUGAACAACGGAGACUCUACCUUUAUGCAGGAUUGUUUCUUCCAUUUAGAAGUAUUAUCUACACAGAUAACAAGUUGAAGAAGAUUCCUGUAUCCACCUACAUCAUUCGAAAUUCUCUGAAACUGAAAGCCAGUGAUGCUGAAAUGGUGGUCAGCAUACAUGUUGCAUCUGAGAGAUUUAUUUCUUUGAUUCCUAUUCUUGAGUCAAAGGGGGAAUCAGAUAUUGUUGCUGAGGAACUGGGUGAUGAAUGCCUGGGUUUUUCAUCCACCUCCAAACGGCGGGUAUUAGCAGGCUUGCUUCUGAGACAAAUAAAAGAUUUUUGGAGGGUAGCCCUGUUGAUUUCCGCUCUUUUAUACCCUGAGCUUGUCCAUGCUGGAUAUCCUCUGAGCACAGACUUGGAGCUGGACAAGAGAAAGGAAAUUUUCGUGCAAGUUGAGCAUGCUGUGAAAGAACUAGAUCUAGAUAAUGUGUGGAAAGUGAAACCACUACUCGACGGGAAGGCAAUAAUGGGAGCUUUACAACUUAAAACAGGAGGGCCGUUAGUGAAGGAAUGGCAAGACAAGUUAAUCAAGUGGCAGCUUGCUCAUCCAGAAAAAACUGCAAAUGAAGCACUCGAUUGGAUGAUGCAAUCUCAAGCUAAACGGGCCAAGCUGGAACCUUGUGCUUGACUAUAUAACCAACAACUACUGAAUAUAAACUAGUACUGGUUGCAUCAAGUCACCGUUAGAAUGAUCGAUGUGAAUGAGCGAGUAACUAGUUAUUUUAAGAGAAUUCUAUCAGUUAUGUGAAUGGUGGCAAGCAGAUGUGAUCAUGUAGGCUGACCGGGAUGGAAGGCUCAAAACAGCAGGUGGCCAUGGCACUGGGACAAAUAUGGUGAGUUAACUAGGAAAUAUACCUAAACAGAGCUGUCCAAUUUUGCGAAAACAUUUGGAAAAGGUAGUUCUUAUCGAACUCCAUGUGCAAAUAUUUAUUUGUAUGAUUAUAAUCUUUCAUGUAUAACUAGGAAUUUAGUGCAUUGUUUAGAACUGCGUCUCCAAUACGUGACAAUAGAAACCAGCAAUGGCAGACCACAAAAUCAAAUAUUUAUUGGUAAGUUCUAAGUACCAGUUUAGCCUGUAUAUCAGCAAAAUGGUAUAUACUAUAGGACUAAGCACAAGGAAAACCAGUCUCUAUUGAUAGCAUUACUGUUAGCUAGCUCUCUGCAAAGGAGUCGGUGUUUGUUUUUUUUAGUGUGUAAAAUAGGUCAACUGUAGCAACAGUAGUUUUACUGUUGAAGAGCAUGCUUGUACUUAAUAAGUUUGGUAAUUGUCAUGUUAGCUACAUGACAAUUAGGUAUGUGUCUUGUCUGUAAUAGUGUCCAACCAUGGUUAAGUUAGCUAACCAUGAGUUUAGGGUUAAGUCUCUUGGAGCCUAUAUAAGGCACCCUUGUGUUGUAAGGAGGAUCACCACCUCUUGGGCAUUAUAGUCCUAGUAUCAUCCUUAUACUUACCCACACCUCCAUUACUUCCCUUGUAUCCAUCCACCCUAAAGCAUUAUGCAAUAAAGAAGUCCUUUAUCUGUGAAUA